AUGGUCAAGGGAAGACAAGGAGAACGAAUUAGGCUUUAUGUCAGGGGCACAGUUCUUGGAUACAAAAGGUCUAAGUCAAAUCAAUACCCAAACACCUCUCUUGUUCAGAUUGAGGGAGUGAACACCAAGGAGGAGGUUGCAUGGUAUGCUGGGAAACGGUUGGCAUACAUUUACAAGGCCAAGGUUAAAAGGGAUGGUAGUCACUAUAGAUGCAUUUGGGGAAAGGUUACUAGACCUCAUGGUAACAGUGGUGUAGUCCGCGCAAAGUUCACGUCGAAUUUGCCACCAAGAUCAAUGGGAGCUAGGGUUAGAGUGUUUAUGUAUCCAAGCAAUAUAUAA